AUGGCCCAGAUUGAAUCACUGCUCACUGAUGCCUUUAAAGGGAAGGGGUUUCAAAAAAUACAUGAACUGAUUCAAGAGAAGGAAGUAGAGCCUCCCCAGAAAUACAGUGAAUCUCUCUUUAACCAGCUGGACAAAGCACUGAGAAAGGAGCUGGACAAGAAUGAUUUUGAGAAUGUUUCUCUGCUGCUGAAAUGUAUUCAGCUCUACCUUAAAAGUGAUUUUCAAGAAGGGAAGAGCUUAUUCAUUGAGCAAGGACUGGUAGCAAAGCUGGUAUCUUGGUUUGAAAGAGCAAGAACAUUUGUGACCGUCAUCGACCCAAAUGAGAAUAAAUUUUUGAUGUUACUGCUUGAAGACUUCUUUGAUUGUGCAUUGGUGAUUUGCAAAUGCAGUAAUGAAGGGAAGAAAGAGCUAGUGAAUUUAUUUUUGCCUGAACUAGGGCGCCUAGUGGCAGAAGCAAGUAUUUGCUGCGCUCUGCAUCUGGAGGCCUUGAGGACCCUCAACUCUAUACUUGACAGUGUCCCACGGGAAGAGAGAAAGAAGUUCCCUCUCUCUGAGGAGAUGUGCUCACUCACGAAAGAUCUUGCAAAAACUAUACUGGAGGUUGGUGAUUAUGACCUUCAGGUUGCCCUUUCAGAAGCACUUUGUAGGUUAAUGAUAAAAAAAUGGAGGGAUGACCUUGUUCACCACUGGUUUGAAGAUAACUAUCUCGCUGAAGCUUUCAAAGAGAUCAAGGAUCGAGAAUUUGAGACGGAUUGCAGAAAAUUUCUUAACCUACUAAAUGAAAGGCUUGGAGAUAAAAGAAGAGUCUACUCAUUUCCUUGCAUAUCUGCUUUUGCUGACAUGAAUGAGGUGAAGAAGCCAUCAGAUGAGAAACUGGAGGAGUUUUGGAUUGACUUCAACACUGGCAGCCAGAGUGUAACUUUCUAUGUGGAUUGUGAUGAGGGAGCUCUUUGGGACUCUGUGAGGCUGUCAAAAGAAAAUGUCAACAGUUACAGUGUGAAGGAGAAGGAUAGAGAAAAGAUUGUUAAAAUUUUUAUGAAGAUACCCACUGCUCUUAACAAAACAGAAGCAACAAAAGUCAAACUGGUUUUCAGUGCCGAGUUUGAAAUAUUAAGUGUACUUAGAAAAGUCCUGGGAGAGGAAAAACUGAUGAAAAUGGUCAACUCUGGUGUAGCCAUGGUUACAGUGGGCCAGCAGACUGACCUGGAGGAUGCUAACCAAGAAAACAACUCCAAAACUCCAUCUCCAGGGAAGAAAGCUAAGCCUAGUGAGAAGCCCCUAGAAGAAGAACCUAUGGAUGAGUUGAUGCUAAAGGAUGAUACCAGCAAACGGAGGAACAGGAAAACCAGUUUGGCCAAGAAGAGGGCUGAAGGCAGGAAGGAAGUCUAUGACUUUGAAAACUCAGACUCCUCAAGUCAUGAAAAGGUUUCUAAAGCCAAAGGAAAGAUUCUUGCCCAGAAAAUUUCUUCACAAAGUCAGAGUUACAGGAAACAUCUUUUCUCUGAAAGCAACAAUGAGAAUACAAGCCCUGGUCAGAGUGAAAAAAGCUGGAUCCUUGACUCUCAGAUACAGUCGGCACCAAAAUCUGUUGACUAUACCCGAAAAAGACCCAGGGUGAGAAGUAAAUUAAAAGUGCUUCCAGUACCUUCUGCAAGUAGUGGCAGCGACUAUGAGUCAAGGAAGAAGUUUCAUGGUACACCAGGCAAAAUAUCAAGAGAGGAAGAAAGUACCAAGCGGAAGGACUCAGAUAUAUUGAGUGGCACUAUCAUAAAAAAGCCUAAAUUUUCUAAUUUGGAGAAAAAUCACUUGCCCUCUGAGAUUAACCAUACACCAAAGAAAAUUCCUGAUUCAAUAGAAGAGGAUGUGGAGACCCAGAAAGGUCACGAAAUGGAUGAUAGCAUAGAUGAUGUGUUUUUUCCCAAGCUGCUUCACGAAGAAUUGAGUGAUUCAGGAGUGGUUUUUGCCUUUGAGAGCUUUAUUGGCCACCUGAAGAAACUUUUCUGGUCCCGGUACAAAAGGAUUGAGAUCAACACACAGGAUGCCUUGAGAUCCUCAGAGAAGAACUUGUCUGCCCUGCUGAACCAGAUACAUAAGUGCAGGCUGAGUAAAUUUGAAACCUUCCAGAAGAUUGUUGUUGAAGAGCUUGCUAACCUUGAGAAAGAAACUCAAAUUCUGGCAGCCAUGGAGAAGGAUGCACUGGAUUUCUGGAAUGCACAGCUGCUCAAACUGAAUACUUUCUGCAACCAGCAAAAGCAAAGAAUUGAAUCUGUUGACUCUGCCCUGGGUGAAACAGCCAAGAGUUUUGCCGAUGCUGUCCAGAAUACAGCGUAUGAGCACCCAGUGAAGAAGGCAGAAGACGUGUUCAUUGUUCCUUCUGACUAG